ACUAGCCACGCCUACCAUUCUCGCGUGCGAAGCUCGGUUCUCUUUGCUCAACAACUGACAGACUGCUCUGUGGAUGAUGGCGGAGAUGGUGGAUUCAGAGGCCGGAGUGGUCAUAUCUAGCAGAGAGGGAGGCGAAUUCACGGUACAUGUCCGUUUCGGGAGCGAGAAACAUGACGUCACCGAAGAGUCUACUGCUGGCGCUGCAGUGAACGGUGUGGGAGGAAGAGAGGCGGACGAAGAGGCGGCAGAGAGUGCCUUAUUGGAAGGGGAAGACCCUGAAUCAUGUACAGAAGAUGAAUCGGACACAACUGCUCUAGUGAAACUAUCGAGUGAGACCGGG